AGGCGCGGCCCGGGUAGCCCGUGGUAACCCAAAGUCUGCGGAAGUGGAGACCGGUGGGCAGGCGGCUAAGACAGGGGACUGAAAGUUGUGGAACCACAAUUUGUGACAUCAGGUGUUUUUUUGGUAAGCAGUCAUUUAUGAUUCCGGAAGAUUAAGGCAGAUAGGAAGUCCCUUCAGAGAUUGUAAGAAAGCUCUCGAACAGCAGCCGACACCAUGGACAUAAAACUGGACCCUUCCCGGGAUGACCUGCCUCUCAUGGCCAACACCAGCCACAUCCUUGUGAAGCACUAUGUACUGGAUUUAGAUGUCGAUUUUGAAAGUCAAAUCAUUGAGGGCACCAUAGUGCUUUUCUUUGAGUCUGGGAACAGAUUCGAGAAACAGAGUGGUUCCACCGAGGAAACCUGCCGGUCAGACUCAAAUGAAGCCUGCAGAUUUAGGAUGCCUGAACCCUGCCAUAGUCCUGUGACAGAUACAAGGACCUUCUCAUCUAAAACAGGAUAUGAUGAUUUUGCGAACUGUGGUAAAGGUGAAAAAGAUACUUCUAGUAAAGAUGGUAACCAUGACAACCCUGAACAGGCUUCUGGGAUUUCUAGCUCAAAGUACUGCUGUGACACAGGGAAUCAUGGGAGUGAGGAUUUUUUGCUGGUGUUGGACUGCUGUGAUUUAUCUGUGUUAAAGGUUGAGGAGGUGGAUGUUGCUGCUGUGCCAGGUAUUGAAAAAUUUACAAGGUCUCCCAGGCUCACAGUUGUUUCUGAGGAGCUCAGGAAUCAGAUUGUGCAUGAACUUGUGACUCUGCCUGCAGCUCGUUGGAGGGAGCAGUUAGACUAUUAUGCUGGCUGCAGCCAGGCCCCUGGCUGUGGGGAACUCCUGUUUGACACUGACACUUGGAGCUUACAGAUCAGGAAGACAGGGGCUCAGACAGCUACUGACUUUCCUCACGCCAUAAGGAUAUGGUACAGCACCAAACCCCAGGGGCGGUCAGUUACGUGGACCUCAGACCAGAGCGGCAGGCCAUGUGUUUAUACUAUGGGAUCUCCCAUAAACAACAGGGCCCUUUUUCCAUGCCAGGAGCCACCCGUUGCCAUGUCAACAUGGCAGGCUACAGUUCGAGCAGCUGCAUCUUUUGUUGUUUUAAUGAGUGGGGAAAAUUCUGCCAAGCCAACACAGCUUCGGGAAGGGUGCGCAAGCUGGCAUUACUAUGUAACCAUGCCCAUGCCGGCGUCCACCUUCACGGUCGCAGUGGGCUCCUGGACAGAAAUGAAGCCAGAGACCUGCUUGUCCGAGGAUCUGGCUGCAGAGAGAUCCCUCUCACCUUCCGAGGCUGACUUCAGGUAUGUUGGCAUUUGUGGUCACACGGAAUACCCCUGCCGCUUCCAGAAUCCUUCUGCUACCACCCAGGAAAUUAUUCCUCAUCGGGUCUUUGCCCCAGUGUGCCUCCGGGAUGCCUGUCAAGAGACCCUUCUGCAGCUGGUCCCUCCUUGCCUCUCGGCAGCACACUCUGUCCUGGGAACACACCCGUUCUCCAGGCUGGACAUCCUCAUCGUUCCUGCCAACUUCCCGAGUCUGGGGAUGGCCAGCCCACACAUCAUCUUCCUCUCUCAGAGCGUCUUGACAGGAGCGAGCCAUCUCUGUGGGACCCGGCUCUGCCAUGAAAUCGCUCACGCCUGGUUUGGCCUAGCCAUCGGGGCCCGGGACUGGACGGAGGAGUGGCUGAGUGAAGGGUUCGCCACUCACUUGGAAGACGUGUUCUGGGCCGAAGCGCAGCAGCUGGCCCCCCACGAGGCACAGGAGCGGCAGGAGCUGAAGGCUUGUCUGCGCUGGUGUCGCCUCCAGGACGAGGUGCGGAACUCGCCCGAGGAGAUGCAGGUGUUGAGACCCAAUAAAGAGAAAACUGGCCACGUGAGUGACUCAGGGUCAUCGGUCAUCAAACAUGGGCUCAAUCCCGAGAAGGUCUUCAUGCAGGUUCAUUAUUUAAAGGGCUAUUUCCUUCUCCGGUUCCUUGCCCAAAGACUUGGGGAUGACACCUAUUUUGCAUUUUUAAGAAAAUUUGUGCACACAUUUCAUGGGCAGUUGAUUCUUUCCCAGGAUUUCCUUCAAAUGCUGUUGGAGAAUAUCCCAGAAGAAAAAAGGCUUGAGUUGUCUGUGGAAAACAUCUUCCGAGACUGGCUUGAGAGUUCUGGAAUCCCACAGAGAGAGAUCUUUGGAAAGAAGGAGCAACAUAAACUCUGAGAAUUAGGACGAAGAUAUCAGCAUCAGGUUGUAAACCUAAACAUCAAUAGAAAAACAUCUGAUUCGGCUUUUUAAGAACUUCCCCUAUUCUUUAUUUUAUUAGCCUGAAGACAUAUCUGGUAGACUCUUUAUCAAAGGCAGAUUAUUCUAUGCUUGCAUUAUGCUCUUGCCACGCCUGGGGAAAGCCCUGAGACCCAGCAGUGGGGCGAGCUGUGCACGUGGGCGCACCCACACACACAGGGCCCCUUGGCGCUUUGCCACUGCACAGCAUUGUUGCACAUACGGAUGUUCAGUUCCGCAUCCCAUGCCUCUGGGCAGCGGCUCUGACGGUGGCCCGCCAUGCUCGCGGGGACUUUCGCCAGCACCUGCCAGCAGCGCACCUGCUGACAAGGAAAGCAAUUAGGAACACUUGACUGAUUUUAGAACGUGGGUCUUUUUUUCCUUCCCUUUUGUGGAGAGCCAUUAUGUCGUACAAGCUAGGUGUAUAUUUACUAUGUGCAUUGUAUAGAAUUCUUGGGUGUGACCCCUAUUGCUUCAUGGUUAAAUAUUAGUCUUUUCUGGUGUUGCACGACUUUCGGUCGAAUCUUAGGCAGGAGCAAAUCUUGGUGAGGAGCUCAUUUUCUGUCCCCGGGAGUGGUGGCCUGAUCUGCCCACGCUGGUAGCCCCAGUUAGUGGCAGAGCCACAGCUCAGAUCUAAGACCCUCGGCCCUCUGUCCGUCCAACUAAGGUAUUUUGUGCGUUUAGCAAGGUUGCUUUUCAUCCAAAUCAGCUUGGAUCCAUCCUUGCCUUCAUUUUUACAAGACCAAUGAAGAGAUAAUAAAUGAAUACAGCAGGGAGUUCUGAGCAGUGAUGAUUUUUGAUGUAAUUAAUGACUGCUCUUUUUCCUGAAUCUGUUCUUUACUAUUCUUUAGUGGACAAAACUGUGCUUUGUGCAUGCAGUAAUAUGCACCUCACUUUCCAGGGCUUUUCAUAAGUAUGUGUCAUGGUGUGUACGUCCUUCUUCCAUGUGGGUGUCUCCAAAUGGCAGUAGCCCUGUGUAUCUGACUGAAUAUUUUACAUAGGAAAUUCUGGGCUUUACUGCGUUGAAGAGUUGGUAUCUUUUUUGGUGUGAAUGAAUAGGAGUGUGUGUAGAGAUUAGUUGAGGUCUUUGCUUUUAGAAAGACGUAGCUAUUCCUCCCUUGAGAUGGAAACUAAAUUAGGUAAUAAAUAUCAGGUCACCAAAACAACAAAUGAGAAAAAGCAAUUGGUCGAACAAAGAAGUGUCUCUGUGUACCAUCUAAAGCAUUUAAGGGAUGCAUCUUUUAUCUUCUUAUUUGUAUUCAAAAGCCAAUUCCAACUAGAGCCCCUGGCUUUUGCCCUCAUUUUGUCCUCUCCACUGACCCAGAGCGGGAGAGCUUCCAGGGCACAGCCCAGAGGUGGCCCAGCAACAAGUGUUAUCACACAGGUUAGGAUAACAGUCAGUGACUGUCAAACUGCCCAAUUCCAUAUGUGUGUUUAAAAAAAGGGCAGUGUGCACGUCACAUGCAUAUCUUUGUAUGGUAGUUGUCUGUGAUGGUGCUUGGUAGUGGGUACGUUCUGCUCUUUCACCAGAAGACCCUGCCCUUCCAGGUCGGUCCUCCAGUUUGGGCCUUUACAAGCUCAGUGUUUCUGCUUCUGAUCCUAUCUAUUUAUGACUACCACCACCACAUCUAAGUAUGGUCUAGACAAUUUGAUGCAUAAAAUGCAAAGCCGCAUUAUUUUGAGGUUAAAGAGCAGGGGUAGAGGCUGGGUGGGAAAGGAGAGUCAGUUUUGUUGUAUCCAACUUGCCGCUUUCACAGAGGACACCGUAGUGAACUUCUGUUCUGCAAACUUAAUCCUAUAUUGGAUGAAGGAGGCAAUCAGUACGUUAGAUGCGGCUUUGGAAGAAGCCCUGUGCCGCUAAGCUGUGUGGCCUCGGGUAAGCCACUUGCCUUCUCUGAACCCUCACUGCUUCUUUGGGGGAUGAGGGGAGCUGGCCUGGGUGAAGGCCAGAGCUGCUUUUUUGCCCCGUGUCACUAUAUGCUAUGCCCAGUACCUGGCGGAAGCGUGAACUUACCUAGAUGAGUCUGGUCGCUCUGAGAGGAGGGAGGUCUGGAUUUACUUUUCCUCCAAGUGUCUCCCUUUCCAACUUGGGAAUCUGUUGAGUUCCCCACAGACUGGAAACUCGCCCUUAGCUUGGAGUGGGGUUGGGAGAAUUUUCAUGUGUUUCCUCCUGAGUGAUGUACAAAGGUAGCCAUCAAGAAACCUUGUCUGUGCAUUUCUUUUCUCUUCAGCUGGAAAAUUGCUAUGUGAAGGAUUAUUGGGGAGAAAUCACAGGUAAUAAUCUGCAAGAGCUUUUAGGCUGGUUGAUCAUUGGAGAAUAGGCAUUUGCUUCUAUUGCAAACCAAUUAUUCACAGAUAGUAACCUGUUUGACUAGCAGGAGAUGAAAAAGAUUUGGCUUGGGUUGUCAAUGUCUUGAAAUACUUGCAGACCAAUAAACCGCAGGCGUGUUUUCCCUCGGACAGUGGCAGCUAUUAUUUCUAGGAUACAUUUUGGGACAUAAAAGUAAAUACUUAUGUCUCUCGUGCAGAUGAUCCAGUGAGUUCUAGGAGGGAAGAUAUUGGGGCCUAAUGCUCCAGGAACGGCACCUCAUUUUUUAUGCUGCUUUUAUAUUUAAAUUUGUAGAUUAUUUGCCACUUUAAAAAAUGAAAGCGACCAGAGCCAGGAAUGAAACGUUUAUGAGAAAUUGCUACAGUGAUCGUUGUGGAGCUUGUGGCCCACUGUUGCCAUGUUCCUUAUACUGAGAAAGUAGAACCCAUUUGGCAUUGAGGUAUAACAAGAAAUGAUCCAACCCAGAUGCUUUCCUAAAGUUAUAUUUUCGGUGCAUUUGUAUGUCUGUUACAAAGUGUGCUACAUGCUAAAAAUAUUUUCCUUUGUAGGCUGAGGGAAUUUCAGACCACAUCGAGGGCUACAUAGAUCAGAUGGAUUUUCUUAGGGGGCGUUAAGGACAUCCUGGUUGUUAUUAGCCCCGACCUUCCAAUAUGACAUUAUUUAUGCCCCAAAGCUCCGCAAUUCACUUCUUAAUUCCAGCAACUUUAUUGGCAUGAAAAUGCAUGGAAGGGAGGCCAAAGUCAAUAUAUCAGACUGGGGGGCUGAGGCUCCAGGGCAACAAGUGAUGCUAGGGUCACACAGGAGAGAACGCCUUCACCCCCAUGUCCUAUUUCCAUGGAGAGAGGUCGCCUUCCACAUCCAGGGUCAUCUCUGGCCUUCCCUCCAGGGGCUCCAUCUCCUCUUCUCUGUAUUCUCUUCCUUUUUCCUCAAUUGUGUGUGCUGUCGCUUUUCAUAUUCCAUGUGGCCAACCAAAGAUAAAUUCUCUUUAAGACUCUUCUUGGUUAUAUUUAUUGUGAGGUUGGCUUCUCCGGAGUUCUCACUGAGUCUCUCCUCCUCAAAUUGUGUUUCUUCGUCACUGUCAUUGAUCUUGUAACUGAGGGAUGUCUGCCUGGGUUUCGCAUAAAUGCUUCUAGUGAAUUAAACCAUAAAUGGGUAAAUCCAAGAACAUGUAGGUUGGGUAGCUCUGUAUAGAAUUGUAUUUGUGAAUUUAAUCCUUCUCUCUUCUUAAUUAUUGCAUUGGGUUUACAUGCAUGUAGCUACUAUUAGGAUAUUAGAUGUUUUUGUAUCUAGCACCUGUCAUGUUGGGACCUUCAGAGAACAGUGUAGAAAUAUCAAAUUUCAUUUUUUAUAUUCUUAGAACAACAGUGGACUUACUGUUUUGAGUGAGAUGGGACCGGAAUCAGAAUGAUCUCCUUUAUCAUAAGGCAUAUGAGAAAGAGAACUUGUUUCCUUGUGUCCACCGGUCCUUUGGAAAGAGGCACUUGCCUGUAGUAACUCAGCCAUGCUGUGUCACCGUAGGCUCCAUCGGCGAUGUCACGUCUGUGUGGGGGUCAGGGGAGGCUUUUUCUUAUGAUGUCACAACUCAGUUAUUUAGAGACCUUUGAAAGUUUACUUACUUUCAAAAUAUCAGACAGGCUUUUGUUUCUGGGGGGAAAGAGGCAGGGAAUUAGUAUCCACUGGUCUGCUUUGUGCCUCUUGGUUUAUGUGUUGUCUCAUUUCAUCCUUAGCACUGCCCUGUGAAACAGAUAGCGUAAUCUCCUUUUUAGAGGCCCAGAAGGGUUGUGUGACAUGCCCAAGGUUACACAGCUACUAGCUGGUAAGGACGGAGGGUGCCUAAAUCUAGGUUCUGAACUGUGUAUUUCUUAUUACACAUGGCUUUGUACAGAGAUUGUUAAACCACAUUCAUAGGGCAGCGGCGUGUUUAAUUGUGCAUCAGCAGGAUUUCCAAUGCCCUUGAACCUCAGAGAGCAAGACAGUGAGAUAAGAAAUGCUCAAAUAGAAAGCAAAGCUAAAGUAGACUGCAGCAUUUAUGCUAUAAAUCGAAAUCCAUAAUUAUAAAACAGAAAUGACCGGGAGAUUGAUAGGUUUAAGAGAGUCUAACAUACCUAAUAUCAGUGUGAACAUAAAUUCACCGGGUAGAUUCUCCAAGUCUACAUAUUAGGUGUUUAUGAUGAGUCUAAUAAAGCUUUAAUGUUCUUGGUGGUUCUUUUUCAUCUCUCAUACUACUGAGCACAAAAGCCGUGUUGUAUGCCGAAUGGCUGGGUUUAUCCCUAGUAGAGAGAAGCUAUGUUUGGUAUCUAAAGAACAAUGAGAGUUUGCUGCUUGGCUGAUCAAUGCUGGAUCAAGUUCACAUUCCCCGGCUCCUACUCUCCCACCUACAUACGCAGCGGGGGGAAGCAGAGCAAAAGGAGGGAGGACAGAUCCUUUUUUCGCAGAGAAAGAGAUGUGAGCUUGGGUUUUCCUAAUAUGGACACAGCUGGGCCUGUGUAGCAUUACACAUUGAUUUAAUCCACUGCUGGAGGAAACAUCCUACAAAAAGUAAAGAGAUUAGCAACCAAUUAAUUCCGGCCCUUCCCGUUGUUGUCCUGGAACACCUCUUAUAUGGCUCUAAAUGUUUGGUGAACAAACAUUCGGGAAAAUAGCUCUUUCUCAUAUAAUAUUUAUAUUUGGGACAGCCCCCCCGCCAGUUGUGAUGGAUUUUCCUUUCCUUACUCUGUGUGUGCGUGCCCGUGCGUGUGUGUUCUUACUUGUGAAUAGAGAUGGGACAAUUUAGGCCCAUUGUACUUGUUUGCAAAUUGUGACUUCAUUGGGUUCUCUUGGGAGGCCGGAUGACAGGCAAGCCAAUCUGAAUGCCAAUGUUUUUAAAAAUAGACAUGCUGGAAAAAGAAAAAGAGACAUGCUGGGGCCCCAGACUACUGAAGCAUAACUUCCUUUGAAGGCACCAUGAAGCACAAGGCACUUCUUGUGUGUAUACUUACAGAUACCGUAUCCACACCAUCUUAGGGAAUAGCCAGAGGGACCUAGAUAUGAGUGUUGGCUCUUCAAGCUAGUGGAAUGUUAACAUAUAUGUUUGUGCUUUUAAAUAAUUAGUGACUAAUAUCUUUUGUAAGACAUUUUGCCAGAGUAGUUUUCCUAUAACAUCAAUGUAGUGUGUUUUUCUAAAUAAGGAAACCCGUUUGGUUAGAGCAUGGCUUCCAACACUAAGGAAGGUCAACCUGGGUUGCUUCCUGUGUGGAAGAGUAGCUUUUGCACAUAACAAAGGGUCUUUUCCAUUGGUACACACUGUCCCCUAAUUGUAGCCAGCAGUCUUCCAAAUGCAAAAUAUUUGUUCCCAGGGAAUAGGUGGCAGCCAUCGACAUAAUUAGAACAUUGUCUACAGGGAAUGAGUGGGAAAUAGCACCUCAUAUGUAUAUGAGGUUCCAGGUUCCCCGAAAGACAAGGAUCUAUGCUCUUUUCAUUCAGGAUCCAGAAUUGUAUUCCCCAUGAACCUGGAAAAGACUCUAAAAAGUCAAAUAUCCAUCCAUUCUUGCCUCCCUUCUGGUUAGUGUUGAGAUCUUCUAUUUCUUUUUAAUUCGUGUGUGUGUGUGUGUGUGUGUGUGUGUGUGUGUGUGUACUUAACCAAUCUUGUCCAGAAGUUUAUCCCUAAGUAUAAGCUAUAAGAACUGCUAUCCUGGCUCCGGCCAGCAGCCCAUCCUGCCCAGCAUUGUGUCUGCUGUUUACCCAGAGGCUUAUUGAAAUAGAACCUAAUAGAUGGCUGUCCUCUGUGGCAUUGACCUUGAAAUUUAGAUGUCUCCCAAACAUCUGGAAUUUCUUAAUAGUAACUUCUUAGAGAUGGGUCGUCAUUAAAACGAUCUAAACCAGUGGUUCUCAACACUGGCGGCACAGUGGAGUCACUGGGGUAGACGGGGGUGGGGGUGGGGUGGGGCAGGCUGUAAAAAGGACUGAUGCAGGGUCCUGCUCUCAGGAUGUGAAUUUCAGUGUUCCGGAGUGCCAUCUGGGCAUUGGGAUCUAUAAACCCUCCUGGCGAUUCUAAUAAGCGGUCAGGGGACCUUCUGAUUUAAUGCCACCCCUAGAUAACUUUGUAUUUCACCUGUGAAACUCUUUAAGGUCAAAAUGUCCAUGAAUGUUAAGCUCCUGUAAAGAAUUGCAGUCAUACAGGUGUUGAAGGGGGUGUACAAUAUCUGUUUUCUGAAAUGGCUGUUGGAAUAGACUUUUAUGGUAUGGGAUAAUAUUUUAUGGGCUGUGUUUUGAUCUGAGGUUGAUCUGAUCCACAUAAUAAGCAGCUAUUUUAAAGUGAGACAGUCAUGCUAGAUGUUCCUUAAGCUCUCAUGCUGGAGUAGAAAGAGCACCACAUUUCCAGCCUGGAGAUCUAAGGGCCACCCAAUAUUAAGUACUAAAGAUGAAAAUUUGGGGCACCUGGCUGACUCAGUCAGUAGAGUGUGUGACUCUUGAUCUUGGGCCUGUGAGUUUGAGCCCCACGUGGGGUAUAGCAAUUACUUAAAAAUAAAAUAUCUUAAAAAAAAAAGAUUCGAAAAUUCCCUGAGACUCAGUUUCUUCAUCCUGAAAAUGGGACUGUGUGAGAAACAAACAGUGCAGUCUGUAUGUGGAAGCACUUGGCAAACCAUUCAGUCCUUACGGAAUUGGCCACUCUGGUUCUUUCUUCCAGUUCUGAGGUUCCACCGUCUCUGAUAUACGUAGCAGUUUGGUACUUUUUGUGUCUUAAGGUCACUUUCCUCCCGCUUCUAGAGAUGUUGCGUUGCUUCUAGAAUUUGAUAAAUGACAACUGCCUCCCCUUGUAAACACAUCACAUGUGUCCCUUGAUCUUCACAACUCUCUAAGAAAGGAGACUUACACACAACUAAUAUAUGACAGAGCCUGGAUUCAAAUCCUACAGGCUGCCUGUGUGCUCCUUAUACUAUGCCCGGUUCCGCCUGGUCACACAAGUGUCCUCAGGGCAGGGAUGGUGUCUUAUUCAUCUGUGUUCACCAAGUCUAGUGGUCUGUUUUGCAGUAGGCUCUCAGUAUGCUUUUUAUGUGACUAAUCUGUCUCUAUAUCCAGUUUACAUUCUUCUUCCCGAGGUCAAAACCUAUUCUCUCUGGUUUUGAUAUCAAAAGAGGUAAAACACUUGUUUGGUUAACAUUUUUAUAGUAGUUCAGCACCAUGUUUGUAUGAUACUAUAUUUACUUUUGUUUUGUUAACAGUUCUUUUCCUUGAAUUUUAUAAGUAGGUAUAAUCGUACGUCCUUACCUUCUGUGCUUCACUUCUUUUUUGUUUUUUUUUUUAAAGAUUUUAUUUAUUUGGCAGAGAUAGAGACAGCCAGGGAGAGAGGGAACACAAGCAGGGGGAGUGGGAGAGGAAGAAGCAGGCUCAUAGCGGAGGAGCCUGAUGUGGGGCUCGAUCCCAUAACGCCGGGAUCACGCCCUGAGCCGAAGGCAGACGCUUAACCGCUGUGCCACCCAGGCGCCCCCUGUGCUUCACUUCUAAGUGUUUUUUAAUGGAGAGAAAUAUUAGAACCAUAACAUUUUACCAGAGCCCCUUCCUCCCCCCAAAAAAGAAAAAGAAAGUUAAAGAAAAAAUAAACCCAGAAUAUUUUAUUUAUUUAUACUCCUCCUUGCCCAAAAUGGAGUUAAGACAGCUUCUAAAGCAAAAUAGAGCAUGAUAAAAAUAAAUUAAAAUAUAAAAAACGAAGCAAUGUGAAAAUAAUAGUAGGAAAAUAAAAUGGGGCCAGGAAUUAAAUUAUCAUACAACAUGCACCCCUUGAAGUUCUUAUGCUUGGUUUCAUGUAGGGGCACAGAAUUUUCUAGAAGAGGGAAAAGGGAUCAAUUUGCAGUGUUCAUGAGGUAAAACAAACCAGGUGCCUGAGUCCAGCUAUUCCUGAUGUUGAUACCAGGCUCCCUGUGGGUCCUCUCAGAAAAUUACUAUUUAAUGUAAUAAACAAUCCUCUGAAACUAUUCUUACAGUAAACACUGGGAUGGGUUUUAUGGGGCUGUUUCUUAUAAUGCACCUCAAUAAAGGUUGAUGGCUUCUUACCAGAACAUAAUGCGAUAAAAGGAAUUUCACAGAGCACCAGUAAGACGUCGUCCUGUGCCAGUGUGUGGUGGUCUGCUCUAAUCCAAGAGCAUCCUAGAGAAUCUAGGGCAGGGGUUUGGGCAAUCAGAAAAAUCUGUAAACCUUCUGACAGUUGAUGUGUGUGUGGGAAGGGAGUAGAGGACUGUGCAUGAUUGUAGGUGUAUUUUUUUCUAGGGAGCCAAAAGCUGAUAGCUAAUGCUUCAUCAGAUUCUCAGAGGGGAUCUAGAAAUGGAAGAGCUGAGCACAUUCCCUCAGGCAAGCUCUAUAAAUGUUUCUGAAUAACAGUGAGUUCAGGGUUGUGAUGACUGAGAGGAAGAGGUUCUCUUAGCCAGUUUACUGCAGAACAAGUGUGGGAAGGAUUUCCUUUUUGGAAAACCAUGCUUUAUAAGGAUUCCACUAAGAGGUCCAUUUAGCAGGGCCAAAAUUGUCUUGAGAGAGAAGAAUUAGGCAUUGAUUCUAACACAGACACAAAAUGGGCAAUAAUAGAAAUAAUUUUUCUAAAAUCAAAGAUAUCAUAAAGGAAUGUUCCAUUCUAAAAGGGUAGAGCAAAAUUUGAAGACCUAGACAUCUGAGAACUUUGACCCUAAUCAGGAUUACUUCCUUGUUCUUAUUUGCAACUUAAACUAACCUUGAUUUUAUUUCUAGUUUUGUGUACGUGCCUACUUUUUAAUUUACCGACAAUAUAUGUUGACUAUAGAGCCCUUCUGAAACAAGCAAAAGCUUCUGGGCCUCUCUACAUUGUUUGGUAUUUAAAGAUCUUUCGACUUCUUACAGCGGAUAGUUUUUCCUCUCCUGUGCUCAAGGGAGUGUAAUUUGCCAUCUGAGGCUGUUUGGACUAAUUAAAGGGCUCCCCUUGUUUGCCCUUUCGGCCUUCUAGGUGACUAGGAAGGCGUGCUGCUGCUUCUCAUUCCUCUGGAUUGUAGUUCAUCAUGAAACAGAAGGCACAUCCAUAUUAACAGUAUGAAACUGACAUCACUACCAUACUCCAGUGAAAGGAGUCCUUUCCUCUUGAUGGAGGGGGAGGGGGAGGAGGAGGAAAAAGCAGAAAAAGGUUUUCUCUCUAAAAGUAAUCUCCAGCCACUAGAUUAAGUAAUGCUUUUCUUCUAAAGCAAUGGCAUUUUUCUCAGCCUCCGAAAUUGUCUUCAGCUAUUAUAAACUGCAUUGACAAGAAAGUUUCUUAAAACAACUUCCUUUCAAACUUGCAUCUCUACUAGAUGAAACAUUUUUUAAAACAUAAUUCAAAUAGAAAACAUCUGUUUUUAAAGAUAGCCUUAAAGUGCUUUCACCACUUUCUUAAAGAUAGUUAUUAGAAUAUCCAUCCCUGACUACAGAAUUCCAAUUUUAUUUUUUUAUUUAUUAUUUUUUGAAAGAGAGAGUGGGAGAGAGAAAGUGCACAUGCCUGCUGGGGGGGUGCUGUGGGAGAGGAGGAGUUUGUGAAUCUCAAGCAGGUUCCUAACCCAGAGGGA